AUUGCAUUCAAUAAUUUUUGGUCUUUGUGUGAGAGUUCAGAGAGCUAUCGUUAUUGCUUUUUAAAUUACUAAUUUUCCGUCGAAUUUCAUUGAGAGAUCAAUUGCGUGUAAUACGCAUAAGUAUUCAUUUAUAAUUCUCAUCAUAUUACUAUCAGAAACAGUGUUAAAGUAGUACUCUAAUAGAAUGUCAAAAAUGGAAGACAUCGGCCGGAUGCUAAUAAAUUACACAGACCCUGUUGCCACUAAGAAGGACGUUGCUGAUUGUUUAAAGCAGUACAAAGCUUUAGCUUAUCGCAACGAUGAAUAUGUUUUUAAUGAUGGAACAGCCAAACAACUGCUCAAUUUGCAAGGAACCAUUCCGGUGCGAUAUAAAGGAAACACCUAUCAUAUCCCGGUUUGUAUCUGGUUGCUGGACACACAUCCGCGCUAUGCGCCUAUCUGCUACGUCAAGCCCACCUCAGAUAUGCACAUAAAAGUUUCGAUGUAUGUUGACCACAAUGGAAAAAUCUACCUGCCUUACCUGCACGACUGGAAUGCUUCGCAUUCGGACCUUCUAGGCUUGAUUCAAGUAAUGAUUGUAACUUUUGGCGAAUUUCCACCUGUCUAUUCUAAACCGAAACAAACCAAGGAGCAGGCGACACCUUAUCCUACCCAAUCAUUCAUGCCACAGCCACCAACAAGCAAUCAAAAUCAGUUCUGUCCGUAUCCGGCGCAGUCGCAAUUUCCACCGUAUCCUGUAGGCGGUCCGGGAGGAUAUGCUGGUUAUAAUCAGGCUGGUGGCAGUUAUCCACCAUACAUACCGCCUGGAAUGCCAACAGCAGGAGGUUAUAAUGCCGGUUAUAAUCCAACGCCUCAAGGAACGGGAACCAUUACAGAGGAACACAUCAAAGCAUCGCUUGUCAGCGCCGUAGAAGAUAAGCUGAAACGUCGUAUACAGGAGAAAGUGAACCAGUGUCAAGCAGAGAUUCAAACGCUGAAACGCACCCAACAAGAAUUAAAUGAAGGUCAGUCAAAAAUCAACGACAUUAUCGGGAAACUGGAACGCGACGAACAAGAGCUUAUCAAAAGCAUUGCGGUACUCAAAGACAAAGAAGGGGAACUUGAGCGAGCUCUCGAAAGUUUAGAGAAAGUUGACGGAAUCGAUGUGGAUGAGGCUGUAACCACAACGGCCCCACUGUAUAAACAGUUGCUAAACGCGUAUGCCGAGGAAGCUGCCAUCGAAGAUGCCAUCUAUUUUAUGGGCGAAGCCUUGCGCGGUGGUGUGAUUGAUCUGGAAGUUUUUCUCAAAAACGUACGACAGUUGUCCCGAAAACAGUUCAUGCUGCGAGCACUGAUGCAAAAGUGCCGACAGAAAGCCGGUCUCUCCGCCUAAUGUGUAACUGGUGCCUGUCCAAUAACCGCGAAGCGCUUGAUGUUUCACAAUUUAGUUAGAUGAAAGUAAGGGUUGUAUAUAAACAGAUCAAUGCAGGUAGCAGUGAGAUUUUGAGGACAAGAACAAUUAGUAUUUUUCGUUUUUUUCAUCAACCGAUAGCUAAGAAUGUAUCUGCAUGAGAAUUAUAAUCGUUCACUGAUGCUUACUAUUUUAAACAUGGCAAAAUAACUGUACGUUAUCGUCUCGUAGAAUCGAAUACUUGAUUGGCGAAACAUAGAGCAGAGAUCACAUCAAA